AUGGCGAGUCCUAGUCACAACACCCGCUCGAAGGAAACCCUAGUCAAACAUGCCGACGGAAGUGAACACGACGACGACGGUGGUGGUGUCAGGUCAACGAAGAAGCAACCGUGCGGCCGCUGCGGGAAGCAGGUGGCGUUCAAGACACCGGAGGCGCGACCGACGGAGUCCUGCGGCGGGAGGAAUCCGCCCCACAGAGCGCGCGGUGGGGAGGGUGGGAUCGGCGGCACGAACACUAGAUUGCCAAGGAACUACGGUGUGGGCGGCGGCGCUGGUGACGGUAACGGCCAAUAUCGGGAAGGGAGAAGUUUCUUGCUGAGGAGCGCGCAGGGGGAGAGCCAAAACCACGCCGCCGGCUAUCGGCUACAGCUGUCGCUUUCCGCGCAGCAAAGGGAAGCAGCCGAACGCGCUGGGAGAGGGCGCGCGUCAACUACGGAGGCUCCGAUGGACACGCUGGGGGGAGCGGAGGAUGUGGUGGAUGUUCCAUGCCAGGCGGACGAUGGCUGCGACAUGUUUCAGCUCGGGAGGAUGCAGAGUGUCGAGAACGACUUCGCGGUGAGGGGGCCGCUGCACCAGUCUAAACCCGGCGGGAAGGUGUGCGGGCCGGUAAGUCGGUACGCCGUGCGGCUUCUGGUCGACAGGACUCCCCCGCACCGGUGCAGGAUAUUUACCGCGGGCUUCAACUCGAGGAAAUGCUUGACCCUUCCCGAGUCGUCGCCGAAGUGGCUGGAGGACAACGGGGAGUGGGACGCCGUCACACCGUUUGGGAUCCGCAUUCUCAAGCCGGAGAUAGGCGAGUGGCGCGAGAUGUUGUACGAGUCUGCAGAACAAAUGGCAAGGUUAGGGGGAGUGCAACCCUCCCAGGUUAUCGAACUCCUGAACCGUCGUAAACCGCAGUGCCCAGUCCAGCUCCAAACGUUGCAGUUCAAGCCGUGGCAACCACCGCCCACUACAUCAUCGACGUCAUCUGAGGCUGGCGGUGCUAGCGGUGAUGCUGCAGUUUCUAUGGUCGCCACGACCACUGCUGCUGAUGGCGCGGUUGGCGCGGAAGACGUCGGCGAAACAAACGAUGCCCAGGGAGUCGACGGAGACACCGAGGUGAAGAGGGGCGCGGCAGACCGUAGACUGAAUGAAGAUAUUAUGUGA